UCAAAACAAAAUGAGCCAAACUGAUAGCAUUUGGACAAAGCUUCCUCUGAAGUCUUCACCAGAGAAGUACUAUGGCUUCUUCAGGAACCAUAUGGGGGAUAUGGUCAAUCUGUUACCUCAGUAUUUCAGCAGCAUUCAGCUUGUGGAAGGUGCAAAUUUCUCUCCUGACUGCAUUAUACAGUUCAAAUACAGCCUCGGAGGUGGAUCAUUAUCAGCAAAAGUAAAGAUCAAAGCUGUGGAUGAUGCGAAGAAAUUGUUGGCUUAUAAUGUUAUUGAAGGAGAUGUUCUAAAGCAUUACAAAGUGUUUGAAGUAAGAAUGGAAGUUGUUAAUGGAGGGACAAGCAAAGGAGGAGGUGGGAGCUUUGCAAAAUGGAGCGUUGUGUUUGAAAAGGCAAAUGAAAACGUGGCAGCACCAGAAGACUACCUGGAAUGGUUUGUCAAGAUUUCCAAAGGCGUUGAUGCUUACUUUUACAAGAACUAAAACCCUAAAACAAUCAAGUGAGCUAAGCUCUUAGGCUGUGUGUCAACUUGUUUUGUUCUUAAAUAAAGAGUAUGCACUGAUGCAUAUCAUGUUAAACGGA